GAAAUAGAAUAAUCCAAUAUGUCUGCGCCCAGGAUUUGUGUUCCAGGUCAAAGAAUAUGUCAUAUUGAAAAUGGUACAACAGCUGGCAAUGGUACUUAUCAAAGAAAUGGGUUUAUAUACUCCAGUAUGGCUGGAUAUCUCAAAACAAAUAAAACUGAAGAUGGUCAGGUGUUAAUAGAAGUAAAGAGAGAUAUAGAACAGAAUGCGGUACCGUCAGUAGAUGCUGUAGUUACAGCCCGGGUGACAAAUGUAAAUCCAAGGUUCUGCAAGUGUUUGAUACUCAGUGUAGGGAAAAUAGGUCUCAGGGAACCAUUCAGAGGACAAAUCAGGAAAGAAGAUGUUAGAGCCACAGAAAAAGAUAAGGUUGAGAUGUAUAAGUCAUUCAGACCAGGAGAUAUAAUUGUUGCCAGAGUUUUAUCUCUAGGUGAUGCUCAUUCAUAUUUAUUAACUACAGCAGAAAAUGAAUUAGGUGUUGUCAUGGCUACCAGUGAAGCAGGUGCUAACAUGGAUCCAAUCAGUUGGUGUGAAAUGAAAUGUCCAAAAACAUUAGCCAUAGAACACAGAAAAGUAGCCAAAGUACAGCCAAAAUAUAUACAGUAUACUGAUACUUGAAUAAAAUUUGAGAAUUCAA